CUGCCCAGCUGCCCAGCAGAUGACCCUGGGCAAUGUUUAAACAAGGAGGGAAGCCUUUGCAUCUUCUGCAUGCAAAGUUUAUGCUUUCCUCUCUUAAUCAAGAAAUGCAACAAUACCAAUCUUGCCCUGAAAGAUAAAGAUGGUUUCCAAGUUAAUUCAGAGUCCAGCUGUGAGUCUUUAUCUUGGAGGUAUUUGUGUGAAACAAGAUCAAAUGGUAUGGAAGAAUCCAACCUAUGUGUGUUUUUGACCAAAGAUGGAUGUUUGAACAAAUUCUGAUGAUGGUUAAACACCUGAACAAACUUGGCAUAGUUUAGCCCUGAAGGCAAAGCAAGGCAGGAACUACUUCUUGGCCAGUACAUAUACUAGUUAAAAGGUUGUUUCUUGGAGACUAAAGGAAUGAUGAAAUCUUCUAAAUGGAAAGUAAGAAGGCAGAGAACAUCAAGAAUCUCCUUCUGAAGAUUGUCAUUCCAUUGGCUUUUCCCCUGGCUGGUUCUUUCAUCUGUGACCUCAUAACAAAUAGGGCAAAUAGUCACAGUUGCACAGACUCAUCUGGUAGUUCAGUCAGAUUCGAUCCAUCAUACGGUUCAACCUGCGACGAAGAGGAAGGAGAAAUGGACUCUACUCGUCACGCAUCAGGAAAGUUGGCGCGAUCAGAGAGUGCCUGCAGCACUGAAGGUAGACUUCUGAUCAGUGAAUUUGCAAGGCAGGCUUCUCCUGCCGAAGAAAUCAUGGCGGCAGAGGCCACUGAGAAUCCAUUAGAUGUUGCAGUCAACAAAAAACUCCAGGAUGAUCAGAGAAUGGUCAUCGACGAGAUUGCGAGCCUGAAGCACAUGGUGUCAGCCCUUGAGGAGCGAGCUUCCAGCAUCGAUGCGCAGUUUCAUGACUACUGCGACAUGAAGGAGCAGGAGUCGGCGUACCAGAAGAUGCAGAUCAUGUGCUUGGGGAUGAAGCUGGAGCUGCUGGAGUCUCAGAACCAGCGGCUGGAAGCAGCUGCUGCGGAAAUCCGCGUUGCUGCUCAAGAGUUUGCAGCCAUGCGAGGCAAGCUCGAUAGGCUGCAGAGCAAGUUCGAGAAGAUCUCGAAGAGAAGCAAACAAGAUUCGGAUGCCGUCGAUGAGAGAAUCCUGGCACUUGAUGCCAAGCAAGCUCAGAUGGCAAGAAGGUGCGAAGAGUUUGAGCAGCGCAUGGAAGAGAUGAAGCAGCUGACAUUGCAGCUGCAUGAGCAAAAGGGAGCAAACAAUGAGAACGUGGAGGUCGUGGUUGAGAGAAGCUUGCGGAAGCUGUCGAGCGGAAGGGACCUGGUGGACGGGCUGGAGGCGCUCCGAGACCGGUGGGCCGCCGGCAUGGAGGAGAUGAUCUACCUCGGCUGGAUCACGGCCUGGCUGCAGCACGAUCUCCUGCUCUGCGACGAGGGCGACGACGUCGGCGCGAUGCUUGAUGGAAGCAACUACGACGACCACGACCACGACCACGUCAGCGUGGCACAGCGGCGCCCGCCGGAGGAGCAGAAGAAGGGGGAGACGAUGGUGGCGGCGGUCGCGCCCAGCAACGAGGUGCAGCUCUACAAGGCGUCGUCGUCGUCGUCGUCGAGCACGUCGUCGGGGCCGUGGCGCAGCGUGGAGGUGGAGCCGUCGUGCAUGGGGUUCGGACGGCCGAGGUUGCUCCGGAAGCUGCGAGGGUGGACCGGAGGGAAAGGCAGGGGCAAGAGGCCGUUCAGGGUCGUGGGUCCAUGUUGUCAGAAAUAACUAAAUAAAUAAAUAAAUUGUUUCCUGCAAAUUUGCUUGUGAAAAAUGUGAGAAUGAAAUGUGUUUCUGGGAGAAAAAAAGCAAUGUGUGAAUUGCAUGAGAUGAGGGGAAUUAAAAAAGGUUGACGCAUGUUGUACGUGUGGCGAGGAUUAUUGGUGCGUUUGGGACUCGGGAGCAGAGAAUAUCUGGUGUACAUGUGCUUCUGUAAUUCCGCAUGUAUUCCAAUAAUAAUUAAUGUGUUCAUGGGGA